UUCUGAGGGAGAAGCGUAUCCCGAUCCCCGGAGCGCCGUGCACCAACCGGACUCCUCCCCUCCCCCUCCCCAAAACACCGGCGUCCUCCACGACUCCCCCUCCCCGCUCCCGGGGUCCAGGUUGCCCCUCUACACCCCCACCAAGGGCGCGCUGUACCCGGAUUAGCAGCCUGCGGGCUCCUCAGCGCACGGAUACACGGGGCCCUGUCCUCCUGCGAACCGAGCGGCCGUGUCCGGGCUGAGCAGUGCACGACGACGGUGGUGGAAGCGGCGGGUGUUGUUUGUUGACGAGAGUCUCGUUACAGCGGGCGGGAGGGGGCAGGCCGGGGGGAGGAGGAGAAGGGAUCGGCUCCUUCCCCGCUCCCCCUCUCUCUACAUGUCCGCCGCAGCCAGGCGGAAGAAGCACCAUCCCGGAUUAUCUUCCCUCAGCUUGUGAGCACCGUCUUCCUACGGGGGGUGGAAAGGCCUCUCUGUCCCCGCUCCCCUGAAGGAGCCGCCCGGAGGCCGCGGGCUCAGUGUCUAAGAGAUGGGAAGUAAUGACAUCGGGCGACUCGUUUGAAGUACCUGCGUAGAUACGGCCAUCCUACAGCUUCAGGAUGAAUGGGGAUAUGCCUCAUGUUCCCAUCACGACUCUAGCGGGCAUUGCUAGUCUCACAGACUUGUUGAACCAGCUGCCUCUUCCAUCUCCUUUACCGGCUACGACUACCAAGAGCCUCCUGUUCAACGGGCGGAUAGCGGAAGACGUGAACUGCCUUCUCGCCUGCCGGGAUGAGCCGCUGGUGUCUCAGCUGGUCCACAGCCUCAACCAGGUGUCCACGGAUCACAUAGAACUAAAGGAUAACUUGGGGAGCGAUGAUCCAGAAGGGGACAUACCGGUGCUGCUGCAGGCCACCCUGGCCAGAAAUCCCAAUGUCUUCAGGGAGAAGAGUAUGCAGAACAGAUACGGAGUACAAAGUGGGAUGAUGAUGUCUCAGUUCAAGCUUUCCACAAAUUCCAUGCAUGGGAGCCCCGCAUCUUCCACUUAUCAACAAACAACCACUAUCUCACACAGCCCUUCCAGUCGAUUUGUGCCACCCCAGUCCAGUUCUACAAACAGGUUUAUUGGCCAGCAGAAUAGUCCUGUUCCUAGUCCAUAUGCUCCGCAAAGCCCUGCAGGAUACAUGCCAUAUGCCCACUCUGGAAGUUACCCGCAGCAUCAGCAGAUGCAACAAGCAUCUGUUUCAAGUCCCAUAGUCGCCGGUGGACUCAGAAACAUGCAUGAAAAUAAAGUGUCCACCCAGCUGUCGGGCAACUCUGCAAACCACCAUGCCGACAACUCCAGGCACGGCACCGGUGACGAAUAUAUCACCAUGGUACAAAGACUGGGUAGUGAGGAUAGUGAUUCUUCAAUUAGAAAUGCUGCCUCCUUUUCGCUGAGGUCUCCACAGUCUGUAUGCUCGCCAGCUGGCAGCGAAGGAACCCCAAAAGGAUCAAGACCAUUAAUCCUACCGUCUCAGCCUCCUCCUUAUGCCUCUCCACGCGAUGCUCCUCCUGACAUACUGCUGGACUCCCCAGACAGAAAGCUGAAGAAACAAAAAAAGUUAAAAUUAACUAAGGAUGAGAAGGAGCAGAGUGAAAAGUCUGCAAUGUAUGACAUCAUAAGUUCUCCUUCCAAGGACUCCACCAAGCUUACGUUAAGACUUUCUCGUGUGAGAUCUUCUGAAAUGGAUCAGCAAGGAGACCUUCUUCCCAGCAUGGAGGAUAGUAACUUGUCGGAGGGAGACUCUUUUAACGUGCAGUACCCGGGGCACCUGUCAAAAACACCAAUGACUCCGCAGGACAUAAGUCGCCCGCUGAAUGCUGCCGCUUGUUUUCAGGAGCAAGCAGAUUUCCUCCAAGUGCAGCAGCAAGUACCCGUCCUACAGCCCAACACAUCCGCCGCUGCAAAACCGCCUCAACCUCCUGUGGCUCCGUCACAGCACCAACAACCAGGGAGCAUAACGCCAUACGACGAAGUGGAACUGGACGCCCUGGCAGAGAUUGAGAGGAUAGAACGGGAAUCUGCCAUCGAGAGGGAACGGUUUUCUAAAGAAGUCCUGGAUAAAGAUAAACCCUUGAAGAAGCGCAGACAAGAUUCCUAUCCAUUAGAAGCUGGGGGUGCUACCGGAGGAAAUAAACCAGCUUCCCUGGAAACAGAUGCCGCAGGGAAUGGUUCGAGGCCGGCGCUGAUGGUCAGCAUCGAUCUUCUGCAUGCCGGCAGGGGGGACACUCAGGCAACUGGUACUCAGGACUCAGACUUCGUCAGGCAGCCUGAAGAUGCAAAGCACUGCAAUGAUGGAUUUGUUCCUGGUCCACAAGAGUACGCUGCUGGAUUCCUUAAAUACAACCCAGAGACCAACCCAGCGACACCAAGAAAAGAGUCUGACCUGGAAGCCGAGAAUCCGGAUAAUUCUUUUAAGAGCACAGCCGAAAACAGGCCGGAGGAAUUGCAGAAUGAAACCAAACCUUUCGACAUCAAAGCUGAACCUCCGGAGUGCGGCGAAGAACCUUCGGUUUUUGAGGACAGCAAAGUGGAGGCCAAACCGGAGGGCUUUGAAUUAAGCUGCGAGGACACUAAGGUGGAGAACAAGUGUCUCGAUCAGGAGGUAAAGCUCGAGAAACAGCUCAGCGAGGCCGCAAACGAGGACAAGCCGUGUAAUGUUGACGAGAUAAAACAGAACGAGAACAGUAAUGAAUCUGAUACCAAAACUGAUCCGAAACCGAGCUCCAAUACCCCGAAGCAACGGACUGAGGGGAGGCAAGACGCACCCAAACAAAAAAGCGAGGGCAAGCCGGAUACGCCUAGACAGAAGACUGACGGAAAGCCCGAGCAGCUUAAGCAAAAGAGCGAGGGGAAAACUGAGCAGGCUAAGCAAAAGAGCGAGGUAAAACCUGAUGCACCCAAGCAAAAGAGUGAUGGGAGGGCUGAGACACCCAAACAGAGGAGUGAGGGCAAAGUCGAUACCCCCAAACAAAAGAGCGAGGGCAAGUGUGACACUCCUAAGCAAAAGACUGACGGGCACCCUGAAACACCCAAGCAUAAGAGCGAUGGUCGGCCAGAAACACCCAGGCAAAAGAACGAGGGCAGACCAGAGACGCCUAGGCAGAAAUCGGAGGCGAGACCGGAGUCUCACCGCUCCAAGGGUGAUCCAGAGCAUCCAGAGGCGACCAAACAAAAGUCUGAUGGCCGUGCAGAUACGCCGAAACACAAACACGAUAGAAGAGAUUCCAUCAGAUUGUCAUCAGACAAGAGACCGGAUACGCCGAAACAAAAAUCAGAUUCCAAAUGCGAGUCCUCUAAAGCGAAGUCUGAAAGCCGCUCCGAUGGGGGCAAGCAGCAGAAGGUAGACGGGAGACCUGGGCACGAUGGUUCAAGGCGCGACCACGAAAGCCCAAAACAGAAAUCCGAUGAGAAAGAUUCCGACAGGCACAAAGGGGAUAUGUCACGGGUCCGGAGGCCCGAGUCCUUAAGAUCGUUCAACAAAAAUGAACUGGAGUCAAAACACGGGGGCAAUAAACCUGAUGCAUCAAAAAUGGAUAAAUCUGAAAAGAAACACAGGCACGAUUCUGACGAGACACGGGAUAGGCUUUCAUCUGGAGAGCAAAAAUCAAGGCCGGGUAGUCCUCGGAUUAAACCCGACGGUAAACCUGACUCUAAUAAACCGAAAUCGGAUAAACCUUUAUUAAAAUCGCCUACCGGCAAAGAUGACAAAAGGACCGAUGGUAACAAAAGUAAGGUGGAUGGGAAUAAAACGCACGGCGACAAGGCAGGGUUCCCGAGUUAUUUGUUGGGUGGGAAUCAGGGUGCGCUGAAACACUUUGUCAUUCCAAAGCUCAAGCGGGACAAGGAUGGCAAUGUCACUCAGGAACCUAAACGAGCGGAAUUAAAAGGAGAGCAGAAAGAGAGAGGGGAAAAAAUCGGCCUGGUGGAAGACCUUAAUAAAGGUGCGAAGCCUGUGGUGGUUCUCCAAAAGCUCUCUUUGGAUGAAGUGCAGAAACUGAUUAAGGAACGAGAAGACAAGUCAAGGGGUUCUAUGAAAUCCAACAAGAACCGACCUUCUAAGCCUAGCAAAGGUGGAAUAGAUCAGUCGGUGUUGAAGGAGCUGCCGCCGGAGCUGGUGGCGGAGAUCGAGUCCUCCAUGCCGCUCUGCGAGCGCGUCAAAAUGAACAAACGCAAGCGCAGUACAGUGAACGAGAAGCCCAAAUACGCAGAGAUCAGCUCCGAGGACGACAAUGAGAGCGAAGAGGCUUUCGAACCAUCCAAGAAGAAGCAGAAGAAAGAUCAGGACUGGCAGUAUGCGGAGCGCGAGAGGCGAAGCUCUGGUGAUCACCGGCGGAGCGGGAACGAUUCCAGAAGAAGUGGCCGAUACAGGGAGCGUAGCCCCGAGGACUCUGAAAUGGAAGAUUCUCCACCUCCCUGCCUCAGUGAUGUGGCCCGGAGAAUGAAGAAGAAAGAGCGCCAGAAGAAAAGGAAAGCCUAUGAGCCGAAACUCACACCUGAAGAAAUGAUGGACUCCUCAACGUUUAAAAGGUUUUCUUCAGCCGUUGAAAAUAUUUUAGAUAAUUUAGAAGACAUGGAUUUCACAGCAUUUGGCGAUGAUGAUGAGAUUCCUCAAGAGCUCCUUCUGGGCAAACAUCAGCUGAACGAGUUGGGCAGCGAAUCUGCAAAAAUUAAAGCUAUGGGCAUUAUGAAUAAGAUCUCAUCAGAAAAAAUGGUGAAGUUACUAGGCAUUCUCGAGAAAAACAUUCAGGAUGGCUCAAAGCUUUCCACGAUGCUCAACCACAACAAUGACGCCGAAGAUGAGGAAAAACUCUGGCGAGAUCUUAUAAUGGAGAGGGUGACGAAGUCUGCCGAUGCCUGUCUAACGGCGGUCAACAUUAUGACUUCUCCGAGCAUGCCAAAGGCGGUUUAUAUCGAAGAUGUCAUAGAGCACGUCAUUCAGUACACUAAAUUCCAUUUACAGAACACGCUUUAUCCGCAGUAUGACCCAGUCUACAGAGUGGAUCCUCACGGAGGAGGACUAAUGAGUUCAAAAGCCAAACGCGCCAAGUGUUCAACCCACAAGCAGAGAGUCAUAGUGAUGCUCUACAACAAGGUGUGCGACAUUGUGGCCAGCCUGUCCGAGCUGCUCGAGAUACAGCUGCUCACAGACACCACCAUCCUGCAGGUGUCGUCAAUGGGAAUUACACCAUUUUUUGUAGAAAGUGUCAGCGAGCUGCAGCUGUGCGCCAUCAAGCUGGUCACCGCGGUGUUUUCCAGGUAUGAGAAACACCGGCAGCUUAUACUUGAGGAGCUUUUCACGUCUCUCGCGAGGCUGCCGACCAGUAAAAGGAGUCUGAGGAAUUUCAGGUUAAACAGCAGCGAUGACGAUGGCGAAGCGAUGUACAUCCAGAUGGUGACGGCAUUGGUGUUACAGUUAAUCCAGUGUGUGGUACAUUUACCGUCUGAUAGAGACGCAGAGGAGGAGUCCAACAAAAAAGUCGACCAAGAUGUUUUCAUCACAAACUCCUAUGAGACAGCCAUGAGAACAGCACAGAAUUUCCUAUCGAUUUUUCUCAAAAAAUGCGGAAGCAAACAGGGAGAGGAGGACUACAGGCCUCUCUUUGAGAACUUUGUGCAGGACCUUCUGUCGACGGUUAAUAAGCCCGAGUGGCCUGCGGCGGAGCUGCUUCUCAGCUUAUUGGGGAGGCUUUUGGUGCAUCAGUUUAGUAAUAAAUCUACUGAAAUGGCUCUUCGAGUGGCUUCUCUGGAUUAUCUGGGAACGGUGGCUGCGCGACUCAGGAAGGAUGCCGUUACCAGCAAAAUGGAUCAGGGAUCAAUCAACCGGAUCCUCAAGCAGGCCCCUGAAGGUGACGAAAUCCAGCAGCUCCAGAAGGCCCUUCUAGAUUAUUUGGAAGAGAAUACUGAAACGGAUCCAUCAUUGGUGUUUUCUAGGAAGUUUUACAUCGCUCAGUGGUUUCGUGACACUACAAUGGAGACUGAGAAAGCCAUGAAAUCCCAGAAGGAUGACGACUCUGAUGGCGCUCACCAUGCGAAAGAGGUGGAAUCCACGGGAGAAAUAAUGCAGCGAGCCGAGAAACGGAAAAAGUUCCUCCGGACCAUCAUUAGGACUGCGCCAUCUCAGUUUAGCACUUUGAAGUCAAGCUCGGACACGGUGGACUAUGAGGAUGCUUGUCUAAUUGUACGAUACUUGGCCUCUAUGAGGCCGUUUGCUCAAAGCUUUGAUAUUUAUUUGACUCAGAUUCUGCGGGUACUUGGGGAGAAUGCUAUUGCGGUCAGAACGAAAGCCAUGAAGUGUCUGUCUGAGGUAGUUGCUGUGGAUCCCAGCAUCCUUGCAAGGCUGGAUAUGCAGAGAGGUGUUCAUGGAAGGCUGAUGGAUAACUCCACCAGCGUCCGAGAGGCAGCAGUUGAGUUACUCGGUCGCUUUGUGCUCUGUCGACCUCAGCUUGCGGAGCAGUAUUACGACAUGCUGAUCGAGAGGAUACUGGACACUGGAAUCAGUGUAAGGAAAAGAGUCAUUAAGAUCUUAAGAGACAUCUGCUUGGAGCAGCCAACUUUUCCCAAAAUCACUGAAAUGUGUGUCAAAAUGAUUCGCAGAGUAAAUGAUGAAGAGGGCAUUAAGAAACUAGUGAAUGAGACAUUCCAGAAGCUCUGGUUCACUCCAACUCCACAGAAUGAUAAGGAAGCGAUGACCAGGAAAAUCCUGAAUAUAACUGACGUGGUUGCGGCUUGCAAGGAUACAGGAUACGACUGGUUUGAGCAGCUUCUUCAGAAUCUGUUGAAGACGGAAGAGGAUGCAUCCUAUAAGCCUGUGAAGAAAGCGUGCACGCAGCUGGUGGAUAAUCUUGUCGAGCACAUACUGAAAUAUGAGGAGUCUAUGGCAGAGACUGACAGCAAAGGUGUGAACUCCGGCCGGCUCGUAGCCUGUAUAACCACUCUGUUCCUGUUCAGCAAAAUCAGGCCUCAGCUUAUGGUGAAGCACGCCAUGACCAUGCAGCCUUACCUUACCACUAAAUGUAGCACACAAAAUGAUUUCAUGGUGAUAUGCAACGUCGCAAAGAUCUUGGAGCUGGUCGUACCGCUGAUGGAACAUCCCAGCGAAACGUUCCUGGCGACGAUUGAGGAGGACCUCAUGAAGCUGAUCAUCAAAUACGGCAUGACGGUGGUGCAGCACUGUGUCAGCUGCCUGGGGUCUGUCGUAAACAAAGUCACUCAGAAUUAUAAAUUUGUGUGGGCAUGUUUCAAUAGAUAUUAUGGAGCACUUCUAAAGUUAAAAAGUCAGCACCAAGAGGACCCGAACAGCACGGUCCUCACCACAAACAAACCGGCUCUCCUGCGAUCUCUCUUCACCGUUGGAGCUCUGUGUCGCCACUUUGAUUUUGAUCAGGAGGAUUUUAAGGGAAGCAGUAAGGUCAACAUAAAAGAUAAAGUUUUGGAGCUUCUUUUGUACUUUACGAGGCAUUCAGAUGAGGAGGUGCAGACAAAAGCCAUUAUCGGUCUUGGGUUUACAUUCAUCCAGCACCCAAUCCUAAUGUUUGAAGCAGAUGUGAAGAACCUGUACAAUAACAUUCUUUCGGAUAAGAACUCCUCUGUGAACUUAAAGAUCCAAGUUCUGAAGAACCUCCAGACCUACCUGCAAGAGGAAGACACCCGCAUGCAGCAGGCUGACCGCGACUGGAAGAAGGUGUCCAAGCAGGAGGAUCUUAAAGAGAUGGGUGAUAUUUCCUCAGGGAUGAGUAGUUCCAUUAUGCAGCUUUACCUCAAACAGGUCUUGGAGUCCUUCUUUCACACCCAGUCCAGCGUGCGUCACUUCGCCCUGAAUGUCAUAGCAUUGACUUUGAACCAAGGCCUCAUCCAUCCUGUUCAGUGUGUGCCGUAUCUGAUUGCGAUGGGAACUGACCCCGAGCCGUCCAUGCGCAACAAAUCGGAUCAGCAGCUCAUAGAAAUAGACAAGAAAUACACUGGAUUCAUUCAUAUGAAAGCUGUGGCCGGCAUAAAGAUGUCUUACCAAGUGCAGCAAGCUAUCAAUUCCGAUGCGAAGCGCAUAGUGCGUGGCUUCCGGCAGGACGAAUCGAGCAGCGCCCUCUGCUCCCACCUGUACUCCAUGAUCCGGGGGAACCGGCAGCACCGACGCGCCUUCCUCAUCUCCCUGCUCAACCUGUUCGACGACGCGGCGAAAACGGAAGUGAAUAUGCUCCUGUAUAUCGCAGACAAUCUGGCGUGCUUUCCGUAUCAGUCCCAGGAAGAGCCCCUGUUCAUCAUGCAUCACAUAGACAUCACUUUAUCGGUUUCCGGCAGCAACCUGCUGCAGUCCUUCAAAGAGUCUAUGGUUACAGGAAAGCGGAAAGUAAAGAGGAGGCCUUCUGAGGCAGGGAGCGAGAGCGACAGCGAGGAAGAAGUAAUCCGGCCCCGGAAGGCGAGGCGGCGCGUCAAUUCCGAGUCGGACUCUGACAACGAGGAUGAUGUGGAAUACGUCCUGAGCUGCUUGCCGGACAGCGCUGCGCCUCUAAUUGACUUUGCGAACGCUUCCCAAGGAAUCCUUUUGCUCCUAAUGUUGAAACAGCACUUGAAGAACUUGUGUGGUUUUUCAGAUAGUAAGAUUCAGAAAUACUCUCCCUCGGAAUCGGCUAAAGUGUACGAUAAGGCUAUAAACCGGAAAACCGCGGUCCAUUUUCACCCCAAGCAGACCCUGGAGUUUCUGAAGAGGGACAUGGCCCGCACCAAGAUUAACGACGACGUCAAGAGAACGAUUGCAAAGCAAUAUCUGGAUUUCAAGUUAUUAAUGGAGCAUUUAGACCCCGAUGAGGAGGAGGAGGAAGGGGAGGUAUCGGCUAGCACAGAUGCCCGAAAUAAAGCCAUUACCUCACUCCUUGGGGGCCACAGCCCUAAGAACAAUGUGGCCGAGACCGAAGAAGAAGAAAGUGAUGGGGAGGAGAAAGCGGGGGGCACGUCGGGGCCGAGGAAAUCGAAACGCUUGUCAGACUCUUCAGACGUGGCAGCGCAGAUGAAUGAAACUGUAGAUGUCCAGGACGUUAUUGCAAUAUGUUGUCCAAAGUACAAGGACCGACCUCAGAUUGCAAAAGUAGUGCAGAAAACCAGCCACGGCUUCAGUGUUCAAUGGAUGGCUGGCUCCUACAGUGGCCCCUGGGCUGAGGCAAAACGCCGCGACGGCAGAAAACUGGUGCCUUGGGUAGACACUAUCAAAGAGUCAGACAUUAUUUACAAAAAAAUAGCUCUAACGAGCGCUAAUAAGCUGACUAAUAAAGUGGUUCAGACUUUACGAUCGCUGUAUGCAGCCAAGGACGGGACUUCCAGCUAAUACAUUUGUAUAUUUGCAGCCAAAUUUACAGGAAAAAAAAACAAGAAAAAAAAAAAAACACACGCAACUUGAAAUCUCAGCAUUCUGGCAAAAAAAUAAAUAGUUUAAAAAAAAAAAAACACAAACCGCAAAAGAUCAGUUUUAUGAAGAGUAAGAACGGAACUUGGGCCGCCUGAAGGAAAUGUUUGGUAAACAUUUUGUGGGAGCUUCCUUCGCUGUUGUACAGCAGAAACUUCUCAGUUCAUUUUUACUCCCACUGUAUUAUAGUUUAACAAAAAUUGUUUAUAUCUUGAAGAAUACUUUUCUGUUUAAAAAAACGUCAAAAAAAUUACAAAAAAUAAACAAGUGAAUGUUGAAAAUUAGUCUGUUAAUGUUCUUAAUAAAGUGUUCUUGGAGUUAACCUAGCAGCGGAUGGCUUUCUUUAGCUUAGCCCGGUUUCCAGGGAAAGCAUUGGUUUUAUUUUUUAUUUUAUUUUUUUACCCUUUUGUUUUUUUUUUCUCCAGGCUGUAAAGUGGUGAAUGCUCUGGAUAUAUCUAAUUUAUUCUGUUGAAACAAAGCAUGCAGUAUCUAUGACCUAUCUGCAGGAGGAGGAAUUUUUUUUUUUUUUUGUAAAUGUAGAUUUUUGAUGUAUUAGGUCGCCCUGAAAUUAUACGCGGAAAGGGGUCCCCCGGAGUACCUGCUGGAGAUAAUACUGCAAUAAAUUUUUUUACUACUUUGUUACUUGUCUGUUUCCAUUUGAAUUUCUUAAUGUAAAGCUGUUUUAAAUCUGAUUAUAUUAUUUUGCAGUAUUUUAUGUAAAAUUUAUUAUCAGUCGUUUUCAACUCGAGGCAUAAGAUAUUGUUUAUACAGUUUGUAAAGUGACUUCGAAAUAACCGGUAUCUUUAUUUUCGUCCCUAUAAAAAGGGUAUAGACACGAUUUAACUCCCGAUUUUAUUGUAUUCUGAAAUAUCUAGUGUUAACUAUAUGAUUUAGCACUGUGCCAAACACCUUUUGAAGAAUGUUUGAUAUAAAAAGAAACUAUAGUUUA